GCCAGGUGGUAUAGUUCAGUUGCUGCAUUUGAGGUGAUGGCCUGGCUUAGAUGCUGGUUCACUUUGCCAUGUGAUUUCCACAUCAGGCAGGUUGGGACUACGCCGUCCUCAUAUCCCGAUCACUAGAACUCCAAGGCAUCAAUGCCGCAGAGAUUAUCGAGUGUUGGCUUUUGUCGUCAGAACAGAACGCCGUGUUUCACUUUCUAUGCUCGCUGCGAACCAUAUGGGACUCUGCGGCUUGACCCCGGAUUACGAAAGCUGGGUGGAGUCCAGGAACGGCCGGCUGCGAAGUCUGCGACGUCAACAAGAUCCCACAGCUACCAGGGUCCUUCUGCCGCCAGGUUAUGUGAUCCAGAGUGUUCGCGAAGCGGAAGAAUCGUCCAGUCACUCAUCAGUUCAAGAACGAGACAUACCAGUCGCAUCAGAUCCUGCUAGAGCGAAGACCAACCUCCAUAUCGAGAUCCAGAAAACUCCUCGCCCAGACGAACGCCACGAAGAGGCUGCGCCAAAAUCCCAAUCAAAGUGCCACCUUGAAGCACCACGGAUCCUCACUCUUGAAAGAAUGCCUGAUGGACUAUAUAAAGUGCGCAGACCCCACCACUCCAACGAAUCGAGCAUUAUAGAUAUCCGAGCUUCUCGGAACCUGAAAAAGCCCACAGCACUGCCUUCCUAUCGGGAUAAAUCCACCUGGACGGGACCCAGUGGAAGAGAUGUUAUCCUGAUCAACUCAUCACACAGCAGGCAGCUUAGCAGCAAGACGAGCAGCAGGAGGAGCGGGGAGGCCGGGCGCGGUACACCUGUAGAGUCUCCACGCAGAGUGCGGUUCUAUAGAACUGCAGACAAUGAUAAUGUCCCCGAUAAUGAGACCGUGAACGGCAAGGUUUCGAGCUGGUUGCUGCAGGAUGACGAAUUCUGGUGACGGAGUAUUUGUCGACACAGUCGUUCUCCCCUGCCUUGACCAAACCAUCCAUAAGAUCGCCAAGAAUUGUGAGUAUCCACGGAA